CACCACACGACAGACACGCCUGAACCCCACAAAAGAAACAUCAACACCCGUGUGCUCUGCUGUAUGUAUGUGAAUUUCGCGCGUAUGUGUCACAUUCACUGUGCAAAGGGAGGGAGCAGAGCACCAACAAAACGCAAAAAGACGCCCCUAAUCGUACCUACCGUAUGAACCACACGACCACACACAUGACACACAUGACUGACACACAUGGUCCUUACUACAAGGGUCUCUGCCUAGCUGCAUUUGAAGUGCGACAGACAGACACCUUGCGAUCCGAUCCACAAGCUGGUCAGUCAGUCAGUCAGCACCCAUACAGUCAGUACACCUCACAACUAACGCUCACGCAUAGCAUGCUCUCACUCCCAACCAAAAGAAAGGGCCAGGCACAUACACACAAGGAAAAUGCCCUUCCACUCACAUCACUCACAGUCAUUCCCCGCUGUUGCCGCCCUCCUGCACGUAUUCCGCGCAGGGGAAAGUGGCCCAUCCCCGACAUAACUUUACAAAAUACCUGCAUGGCCUGCCGGCGUCAGUCGAUCAGCACGACAUGAAAGGAAACUGAAACGCACACCGCGCUUCAAAGAAAAGGAAGACAGACAACGCCCAUUGAUCGAUCCUUCCAAAAUGCCAGCCAUCCAUCCAUCCAUCCAUCCUUCAGAUAUUGCAGGGGUCUACGACGACUCCCUUCUCCGCGAGCGCCUCGACGACGAGAGCGAUGAGGGCUUGCAGGCGGAGCAGAAUCUCCUUGAGCUGGUCCGCCGACAGGAACUUCAGGAACAGGGACGUCCCGCUGCCAUCCGUCGGUGGCGGGCCCUGCUGCGGAACGCCGCCGUGAUGACGCAUUUUGUGGUGGCCGUGAUGGGGAUGAUGUCCGCCAAACAAACUGCGCCGGACAAGGACACGCUUGAAAAGCUCCUCGAGGGCGUCUGUCGUGAGAUGACAAACAAGCGAGGUCAGAUGCGUUGUGUUCUCCACAUGGUGUGUGUGCCUACUUACCCAGGAGCUUCAACACGAACUUGAAGAACUACAGUACACACACAGCAGAGGACGGGCGAAUGGGGCAGUGUGUGGGUAUGUGUGUGCGUGUGUGGGGAUGAAAACGUCUACGUCUCCCUCGCCCACCAACCUCUUCUAUAAGCUCCUCGACUUGAGUGUCUCCAAACUCCUGCAGGAAACGUAGGGGGUUCUGGAGCCCGGCUGUCUUCUCGCUCUCCUCCUGAGACGGGAUCACACACAGCCAAGCCCCUUUCUCCCCUUCCUCCCCGUUGUGUGCCUCUCACGUUCGGGUCGGCGAGGGCAAUGGGGAGCAGCACGAACGCCAGAAGGCCACACACAGCGGCGCAACGAGCCAUGCCGACUUCUGCACCAACACACG